AUGUCGUCUCCCUUUACCUACGGGGAGCCGUCGCCCCUCACCAUGCCCGUUGUUGCCGGCGACGACGAUGACGACCCGACCUCCGAUAUUCCUCGGCGUUUGAUGAGAGUCAAGGUCCUCUACACUUUUGAUGACUCGCACAAAACGUGUUGUCUUGCGCGUCUGCCCAACGCGUUGAACAUCCCGACCGUCCCUAUUGAUGAGGAGAAUCAGGUGGGUGUCAUUGAGCUUCGGACAUGUAUCGAAGCCAUUGUAGCAGCAAGCCCCGAGCUCGUAGCCAAGCUUGGCCACGACUACACCGUGUACGCGUACGACUACUCCGAAUACGAAACUCCACUCGUCGGACAGGGAAUGCUCUCAUGGAUCCUCGCCACCUCCUCGCCUACCCCCAAUGCACCAGCAAGUUCCUCCAAGACGAUGGUUACUGGCAAGGUCCGUGAAAAUAUUCUGGGUCUGUUCAGCGGAGGAAUCAAGGAGACCUUGGAGGUCAAGCUGAAGCUCGUUCCGGUCCCCACUUUUCUUCAGAGUGAAUACUUGGAAACCAUGGAACGAUACCGCAACAUCAGUAGGGCUCUCCCUGAAGGAUUUGACCAUAGCCAAUGGGCCGCCCUCAAGUCGAAUCCGGAGUUCAACGCGUUCGCUGCCCAAACUGCAGUGGGAUCAUCCCAGUCUUCGAUGGCCAUGCAACGCGUCAACAGUGGUGGUGUUGAGACCCUCCACCAGCUCCUCACUCAGAAACCCGUUGAGGAAAGGCGUGGUAGCCAGGGUCACGCGCAGACAUUGAGUCACAGCCGUCAAGGCAGCAGAGCUGCAAGCACUGCUGCUUCGGUCCGUGUACACAAGCCCACUCCUAUCAAUCCUGCUGCUGGAGGAUCUGCCAACUCACUGGAGCCACCGCCUCGGGCCCCCACCCCGAUACCCCAUGAGUUGCCCCAGUCGAGGAAUCGCCCGUCCGUUGGAGGAGCCAGCUCUCUGCGCCGGGAGUCGUCUUCGCAGAGCAUGAGGCGUUACACCUCCCCAUAUGCCCCGCGUGGGCCUUACUCGGAAUGUGCUAUUGCAUCUGAGGACGAGCAAAUGGCCGAUGCUGAAGACUCGCCAGCAGACUUCCCUUCCUCUCCUCCUGUGUUCGGUGUGAACAAUGAUUCCCCGGCGGCUUCUAGUCCUGGCUUGCCAACCCUUCCCUAUCCGGAUGAUUCUGGUUUUAUGAGCGUCCACCAAACGACCGAACCUCACACCGAGCCCCCUUCUGCCGUCAUCUGCUCGGAUCAAUGGCAGUUCGAGACUCCUGGUCCUCCCGAGCUCUUGCCGACCAACGUAGGCCGAAGGCAGCCAGAUUAUCGAUCGCAGCGAGCGGCCGCAUCGGCAAAGCGCAUGACACCAGGACCCGGACCCAAGCCCGAGACCCGUGGUAGGAAGCGGAACGAUUCAAAGCCUCCGCCUCCCCCACCUCCACCACCGAGAAACCUCGCCCCGGCCCCUCCCGCGCAGACACGUCCGGCCUUUAUGCCGCAACACCAAUCUCCCGUCGCAUCGUGCCCUCCAGUGCCGCACCCUCCUCAGUCUCAGCCGCACCAUCAGCCCCAGCCUUCCGUCCAACAGAAACCUGACAGCUUGCCUCAACCCGUCACCCAGCAUCAGCCCACCCAUCCGCCACAACCUCCAACCCAACCGUCUGCUCAAUCGCAGCAUCCACCUCAGGUCCAGACUCGGCCUGAGAGUGAUACUCAGUCACAAGAAUCCUCUAACCAGCCUCAGUCUAGCCUCCCACAACAGCAGCCUCAACAAGUGCCGCAUCAAUCACAACCUCAGGCUCCUCAGGCUGCGUCUCAGCCCCCUGUUGCUUCUGCCAUCAGCCCUCCAGCCACGGUCACAAGCGCCUCCCCCGAGGCGCCUAUGUCGGCCACUCAGCGUAGUAGCAAGCCCGCAAAGAAGAGCUCAGCGGCGCCGAAGGCAAAGAAGACGCUGCCCCGUUCCAAUACCUGGUCUGCCGGCACUCCUAAGGAGUCUCAAGCUGACGAGCCGGUUGUGACGUACACCGAGUCGCGGGCGGCAUCGCCGGUGCCUCGCAGCGGAUCUGGAGCCAAGAGGAAGAAGGCCAUCGAAGACAGACUGAUGCAGAGCCUGGCCGAAGGUACAAUGCCAGACUUCUGCGAAUGCUGUGGCGCAAUUCAAACACCUACCUGGCGGAAGGCAUUCUACAAGGAGAUUGAGGGACGACCUGCUGGCAUCGUGACGUCGUUGGAUGAGCCAGGAGCCAUUGUCGGCUUCGAAGUAAUCCAGCCUCAUCCAGAUGAGGAGAACCCGGUUGAAAAAUACAAGGUCUACAAGAAGAGUUUGACCAACCUGGACAAGAACAACGGAGACUUCACGAAGAUGCAGCUCUGCAAUCCCUGCGGCUUGCACUUCUUCAAGUACGGUAACAUGCGUCCAGCUGACAGGUGGGAAGUCAAACCCAGGGCGGCCGGUGUAAAGAAGCGCAGUGGUGGAAAGCCAGCCAAGAAAAAGAAGGGCGAUGAGAAGCAGACCAUGCAGACAUCCGACGCCAUUCAAGACCUGCCGUCGCAGAUGAUGAGCGACUAUCCCGAUUACGUCAUGGAGUACAUGGACCACGAGCAGGGGCCAGAGCAGGAACCAAAACAAGCCGAGCAGCAACAGCAGGAUCAGCCGGAGCAGAAUGUAUUGCAGCCUAGCGUGUCAGAGUCAGUUGACACCAGGCCUGUGGAGGCGCAGAGCAGCCAUGAUCGAGCGGAAGAUGCCUUGAGGGAUCAGCGGAGAAAGGCUGAAUCGCGACAGGAGGAACAGUCUGCCAAAAGGCAGCGCGUUGAGAACGCUCAAGAACGGAGAGCUGUCAGCCUGGAGCCCCACAGGGAAGACUCGAACUCCUCGCAGGAGUCGGUCUCCGCCGCAGCUGACGUAGAUCGCGCAGCAUUGGCUCGUGCCAUUCAGUCUAGCCCUCCGAGAUUGACUGGAUUCCAAGAGGGCGAGAUUGAGCUUGAAGAUGACUUUUCACCUAGUAAGCCGACAAGGCGCAUUCUCUUCCCAUCCCCUCGUAGGUCUGGGCAGUUCAAGUCGUUGGAGGAUGGUCAGAGGGAAAAGGGAAUUUCGCAGCCUGUCUUUGGUCAGAUACCCCGUCCCCCUCGUAGCGAACCUGCUACCGAUGCUCAGGAUAAAGAAAACGUACCCCCGGCUGAGAUGGACGACGGAUUUGCCCACUUGUUCGAAGACCCCGAUGGAAACCAGUUGCAGAACUGUUUCAAGUCGCCGACUCCAAGGAGCGCAAAGAGCAUUCGCACCUUGCCUGAUUUCCUGAAGACGCCAUCCUCCAGGUCGAAGCGUGCCGCCCUUGGUACCAGAGAUGACCUUCUCUCUCCAGCAAGUGCUGCUGUGAACGCCGUUGUAGACGAUCUUCUGCUUCAUUCCACACCCUCGAAGGCUUCAAGGACGCCGAAGGCGGUAAUGUCUCCUUUCUCUCAGGCGUUCCUCAAUGACAUCUUCAACACGACUAAGACGCCGCGGUCUGCGGCGCGUAACGGGGCUGGCUGGGGCCUUAGCUCGCCCGAUAACACUGGACUCAUGGACUUCACCAACUUCGAUUUCGGCAUGGCGCCAAGUACAGACAUUCCGUUUCCAAGUUCGCCGCCCAACUUCGGUGCAAGCUUCAACUUCUCACUGUACGAAGAUCCGCUUACGUCAACGGCAAACUUUUGGGGCGGCACGUCAGUAUUCAACGGCAGCAGCGACCCUGUGCAGGCAGCUCAAGCGGAGGGCGAGCAGACCAAGGAGAAUGGAGCUCUCGAGAACCGUGAGAUCGAAUUCGAGCGCAUCAUUGACGAGGUCACGUCCAACGCCAAUAAGAGCGGCGAAAAAGAGAGCGCAAAGAGCGCAGACACGACUGUAACGACUACGGAAAACGACUCGGAAAAUACGGCCGCAGCGACUCCGGCCGGCUCUGAAGCGGCGGUGGACCUUAUUCCUGUCGGUCCGUGA